AAACCUCUCCUCUCGAAUAAAAACGGGAGCGCGCCCGGUUUCUUUCCGCUCCCACUACGGCCCGAUCGCGGGAUCCUCCGUUCGCUUAGGAGAGCGUCGGCCGGCGUUUCUCUCUCAGGAAGAGGCCAAGUCCAUGGCGAUUCCUGUCGAAGAAGCCAUUGCCGCUCUCUCGACCUUCUCACUGGAGGAUGAGCAGCCGGAUGUGCAGGGACUAUCUGUUUUGCUGUCUAGUGAGAGAUACGCAACUAAUAGCCCUAUAGAGUAUGGUGAUGUUGCUGCUUACCGUCUAUCUUUAGCAGAAGAUACGAAAGCCAUCAACCAAUUGAAUACCCUGAUUCAAGAAGGCAAAGAGAUGGCAUCUUUGUUGUAUACAUAUCGCAGCUGCGUCAAAGCUCUUCCUCAGUUGCCUGAUUCUAUGAGGCACAGCCAAGCUGACCUGUACCUUGAGACUUAUCAAGUUCUUGACUUGGAGAUGAGUCGCUUACGUGAAAUUCAGAGAUGGCAAGCAUCUGCUGCUUCUAAACUGGCAGCUGACAUGCAGAGAUUUUCUAGGCCUGAACGGCUGAUAAAUGGACCCACAACAACUCAUUUUUGGUCUAUGUUAAAGUUGCUUGAUGUUUUAUUGCAACUCGAUCAUCUUAAAAAUGCUAAGGCAAGCAUACCUAAUGAUUUUUCAUGGUAUAAGAGAACAUUCACACAAGUAAGUGCUCAGUGGCAGGACACUGAUUCAAUGAGAGAGGAGUUGGAUGAUCUGCAGAUUUUCUUAAGCACAAGGUGGGCUAUUUUACUGAACUUACAUGCAGAGAUGUUCCGCACGAACACUGUAGAAGACAUUCUGCAAGUCCUCAUUGUCUUUUGUGUUGAAUCUUUGGAACUAGACUUUGCACUCCUAUUUCCAGAGCGCCACACUCUACUUCGCGUCUUGCCUGUUCUUGUUGUUUUGGCGACUUCGUCAGAGAAAGAUAGCGAAUCACUGUAUAAGAGGGUGAAAAUCAACCGCCUUCUUAAUAUAUUUAAGAAUGAUAUUGUUAUUCCUGCAUUUCCAGAUCUUCAUCUUUCACCUGCUGCAAUGUUAAAGGAACUGUCAAUGUACUUUCCAAGUUUUUCUAGUCAAACUCGUCUUCUUACUCUUCCUGCACCACAUGAAAUUCCCUCUCGUGAGCUACAAGAUUAUCAGAGGCAUUAUUUGAUUGUGAAUCAUAUUGGAAGUAUUCGUGUGGAGCAUGAUGACUUCUCUAUUCGCUUUGCUUCGGCCAUGAAUCAGAUUGUAAUACUGAAGUCAACAGAUGGUGCAGAUAGUGAGUGGUCUAGGGAAGCCAAAGGAAACAUGUAUGACAUGGUUGUUGAAGGUUUUCAGCUUCUUAGUAGAUGGACAGGCCGGGUUUGGGAACAAUGUGCUUGGAAAUUUUCGCGUCCAUGUAAAGAACCAGCUUCUUUGGAUUCCCACGACAAUUCUACAACAUUUUUUGAUUACGAAAAGGUGGUUCGAUGGAAUUAUACAACAGAAGAAAGAAAAGCUCUGUUAGAGCUUGUUAGUUACAUAAAGAGUGUUGGUUUGAUGAUGCAACGUUGUGACACACUGGUAGCAGAUGCUUUGUGGGAAACAAUCCAUGCAGAGGUUCAGGAUUUUGUGCAGGAUAAGUUAGAUACAAUGUUACGGACUACGUUCCGUAAAAAGAAAGACCUAUCCAGGAUUCUGUCCGAUAUGCGAACCCUCUCAGCAGAUUGGAUGGCAAACACGAGCAAAACUGAACUGGAAUUACAUUCGUUGAAUCAAGGAAGUGAGGAAACCAAACAGAAUACAUUUUAUCCUAGGCCAGUUGCCCCAACCGCUGCUCAGGUUCAUUGCUUGCAAUUUCUCAUCUGUGAGCUCGUAUCUGGUGGAAAUCUAAGAAAACCUGGAGGGCUUUUUGGAAAUAGUGGCUCAGGAAUUUUGGUUGAAGAUCUCAAGCAAUUGGAGACCUUCUUUUACAAGCUUAGCUUUUUUCUGCAUAUUUUGGAUUUCACAGCGACCAUCGGUACAUUAACAGAUGUUGGAUUCCUUUGGUUUAGAGAAUUCUAUUUGGAAUCUUCUCGUGUCAUUCAGUUUCCAAUUGAAUGCUCUCUUCCUUGGAUGCUGGUGGAUCAUGUGAUUGAGUCCCAAGAUGCUGGACUUCUUGAAAGUAUUUUGAUGCCAUUUGAUAUCUACAAUGAUUCUGCUCAGCAUGCAUUGAGUGUGCUGAAACAGCGUUUCCUUUAUGAUGAAAUUGAAGCUGAGGUUGAUCUUUGUUUUGAUCAGCUUGUUUAUAAGCUCAAUGAGAUUAUUUUUUCAUACUAUAAAAGCUGUGCAGCAAGUGCGUUACUUGAUCAGUCAUUCCUCGCAGCAUGUGAUGAUGGGGACAAAUAUUCUGUUAAACCUAUCCGAUUCGAUGAGAUUUUCAAGUUGAGGAGAGUAAAAGUGUUGGGUAGGAGUAUUGAUCUGAGAAACUUAAUUACUCAAAGAAUGAACAAGUUAUUCCGAGAGAACAUUGAUUUUCUAUUGGACCAUUUUGAGAAUCAGGAUCUAUGUGCCAUUGUGGAACUAGAACAGCUCUUGGAUGUCUUGAAGCUCACACAUCGGUUACUUUCCAAAGAUCUUGAACUUGACUCAUUUACUUUGAUGUUGAAUGAGAUGCAAGAGAACCUUUCUCUUGUUUCAUUUUCUAGUCGUGUUUCUUAUCAGAUUUGGAAUGCAAUGCAAAAUGACUUCUUGCCCAACUUUAUCCUCUGCAAUACUACUCAACGUUUCAUCCGCUCUUCAAAGGGAGCUCGCCAUGCUCCACAAAAGACAAUUAUUUUGAGCAGAAAGCCUUACUUCUAUUGUGGUUCUCAAGAUUUGAACUUGGCAUAUCAAAGUCUUGCCGAACUGUACUCUGAGUUCUUUGGGAUUCCUCACAUGUUUGCAAUUGUCCGACUUUUAGGAUCCAGAUCUUUACCUUGGAUUAUUCGAGCUUUACUAGAUUAUAUAUCAAGUAAGAUAACAGCAAUUGUGCCUCAAAUUACUGGAUUACAAGAAGCAUUGCCUAAAUCUAUUGGACUACUGCCUUUUGAUGCUGGUGUAGCAGGCUGCCAAAAGAUUAUUCAUGAACAGCUAACCUGGGGAGCAAAAUCAGAUCUCAAAGCAGAAGUUGUUCAUGGUUUGAAGGAAAUUGGUAGUGCAUUGUAUUGGAUGAGCCUUCUAGACAUUGUACUGAGACAAGUUGACAUGACACAAUUCAUGCAAGUAGCCCCAUGGUUAGGACUGGUUCCUGGAACUGAUGGAGAAUUAAAGCAGGCGGAUAAUGGCAAUAGUCCCAUCAUCAAGUUAUUCAAAUCUGCCACAAAUGCAGUCCUAUCAAAUCCAACAUGUCCAAAUCCAUCAUCUUUCCUAAUCAUGUCAAAACAAGCAGAAGCUGCUGAUAUCUUGUAUAAAACAGUCACAAAUGUUGGAAGUGUGCUAGAAUAUACUCUUGCUUUUACAAGUGCUGCAUUGGAUAGACAUUAUAAUAAAUGGAGUGCAGCACCAAAGACAGGGUUCAUUGAUAUUACAACUUCAAAGGAUUUCUAUCGCAUUUUUAGUGGCCUUCAAUUUGGAUACUUGGAGGAGACCAUUCUUGAUCCAUCAAAGAAACAUGAGCUUUUGGGUGACUCAGUAGCUUGGGCUGGCUGUACCAUUAUCUACUUACUAGGUCAACAACAGCAUUUUGAGCUUUUUGACUUCUCUUACCAAUUCCUUAAUGUUGCAGAAGUAGAAAGCGGGACAGUCCCUCAGUCCCUAUCUUCUGAACGGGCUAGGAGUGCUAAUUACUUGCAGGGGUAUGAGAACCUAUUAGAAGCUAUGAAGAAAGCAAGAAGGCUAAACAACCAUGUGUUCUCCAUGCUGAGGGCUCGUUGCCCCCUCGAGGAGAAGGUAGCUUGUGCUAUCAAGCAGAGUGGCGCUCCACUGCAUCGGGUGAAAUUCGCCAAUACUGUAUCUGCCUUUGAAACAUUGCCACAGAAAGCUGCCUGAAAGGUUCUUCUUCUUUUUCUCUUCUGUGUGAGCAUCUUUAGACAAUGUUAGUUGUGCGGACAAAUUAUGUUUUUGUGACUCACUCUAGUUGUCUACUCAAGUUUUAUCUAUGCUUUAUAUUUGAUAAUUUCUUUAUUAUGUCAAUAAUUUCUUUGAUUGUUUGGAGGAUUGGCUGCACCUUUUGGGCCUGUGGUUCAAUUUUA